AGUUGGGCCCGGGAGCCGAGCGUCCAGCUGCGGCUCCCGAGUCCGAUCCGAGGCGCCCAGGUUUCGGCCUUAAUCUGUCCGGCGGACCACGCUUUCAAAAAUCGUGCAUGCGGGCGUGUGACCCGCUAAGGGCCGCCUGAGUGCUCCGUGCCCCGAGCGCAGCUCCUGCUCCGGCGACCUGAGGCGGCCCGCGAGUCUCGAGGUUCCUGAGCUGGGCCGGGCCCGGGCCGCAGCGAAGCACGUUACGGGCGAUUGAGGCCAUUACGGGAUUGUCACCACUGCCGUCCCUCGGCAGAAUUUCUGGGCAGCGACCGAGUCGCUGGGGCCUUGGCGAAGGCUGCAAAUGUCUCGAAUUUAAAAGUUAAAGGAUGAAUUAAAAUGCUAAUUACGGCGUAUUUGAAGAAUUCGAAACGGUGACUGGCUUCUGAGUUGCAAAUUGGAUUUGCCCAGCUUUAGAGCAGUGAAUAGUGAAUUGGGGGCUCUGGGGUGUUUUUUUAACCAUAUAAGGGCGGGGAAGAGGGAGUAGGGGGAGGCAGCGGCACUCCAGGCAACGGCAGAAAUUUAGAUAUCAAAGAGCUACCUGUGGGCCUGUGUGCGCGCACGUGCGAGGGUUUGUGUACAUCGCCACACGCAACUCCGGAACACUUGGGGGAAGAUGGGUCAUUUUAGGAAAGUGAAAUAGUUCAAAAAUUCGAGAAUAAAACUAUGGUACUUUUUGUGAUCAACAGCUGGUCCCGAAUCACACUUCGUUUUUCCUGCUCUUUUGCCACGGGAAGCGCAGCCCCAGAGCCAGAGACUCACGGGGGAACGGUGGCCGUGGGCGGGCGGAGGGGCAGCAUCCUCCGGCUGGUUGCUCGCCGGCUCUCUGCACACUCCACUCACAGGCUCUUGUGGUUCCAGGGCGCACCCUACGACGCGCACACCACCGGCAUGACCGGCGCCAUCAGCUACCACCCGUAUGGCAGCGCGGCCUACCCGUACCAGCUCAACGACCCCGCGUACCGCAAGAACGCCACGCGGGACGCCACGGCCACGCUCAAGGCCUGGCUCAAUGAGCACCGCAAGAAUCCCUACCCCACCAAGGGCGAGAAGAUCAUGCUGGCCAUCAUCACCAAGAUGACCCUCACCCAGGUCUCCACCUGGUUCGCCAACGCGCGCCGGCGCCUCAAGAAGGAGAACAAGAUGACCUGGGCCCCGAGGAACAAAAGCGAAGAUGAGGAUGAGGACGAGGGCGACGCGGCCAGAAGCAAGGACGAGAGUCCCGAUAAGGCGCAGGAGGGCACGGAGACCUCGGCCGAGGACGAAGGGAUCAGCCUGCACGUGGACUCGCUCACGGAUCACUCGUGCUCGGCUGAGUCGGACGGGGAGAAGCUUCCUUGCCGUGCCGGGGACCCCCUGUGCGAAUCGGGCUCAGAGUGCAAGGACAAGUACGACGACCUGGAGGACGACGAGGACGACGACGAGGAGGGCGAGCGGGGCCUGGCACCGCCCAAGCCCGUGACCUCGUCGCCGCUCACCGGCUUGGAGGCGCCGCUGCUGAGCCCCCAGCCCGAGGCCGCGCCCCGCGGUGGCGGCAAGACGCCCCAGGGCAGCCGGACGUCUCCGGGCGCGCCGCCCCCCGCCAGCAAGCCCAAGCUGUGGUCGCUGGCCGAGAUCGCCACGUCGGACCUCAAGCAGCCGAGCCUGGGCCCAGGCUGCGGGCCACCUGGGCUGCCCGUAGCCGCCGCGCCGGCCUCAUCGGGGGCACCGCCGGGAGGCUCGCCCUACCCUGCCUCACCGCUCCUAGGCCGCCCCCUGUACUACACGUCGCCCUUUUACGGCAACUACACAAACUACGGGAACUUGAACGCGGCGCUGCAGGGCCAGGGCCUCCUGCGGUACAACUCCGCGGCCGCGGCCCCCGGCGAGGCCCUGCACACCGCGCCCAAGGCGGCCAGCGACGCGGGCAAGGCGGGUGCGCACCCGCUCGAGUCCCACUACCGGCCCCCCGGCGGCAGCUACGAGCCCAAGAAAGAUGCCAGCGAGGGCUGCACCGUGGUUGGCGGGGGCGUCCAGCCCUACCUAUAGAAGGGCCGAGCACAGCAAUGCAAGUAAGUGGGCACCCUGGUGCUUCCCAGACCCUCUGGAGCCUCCCAGCACCAGCUUGCUUAAUGUGUUUUUCUUGCUUCUGGUCAUGGGGUUAGAAGACAGAGCAUUUCAAUCUUGUCCAGUCUUUUCUUUCCUUAAGGGGGAAACUAUCUUUUCUGUUUUAUAGAUUCCCUCUUUUUGGCACAAGUUCUAUCACUCCUUUACCUAGGAAAAGAAAAUAUAUAUAUGUGUGUGUAUGUGUGUGUAUUAUAUAUAUGUGUAUAUAUAUAGUACAUGUAUAUAUAUAUUACACACUACUGUUGUUUUCUUUUGAAACAAUAGAUUAUUACAAUCUGGGCAUUCGUAUGCAAGCCAGAGCCUUUUUUACUAUACUAGACACAUAAUACACACAUGCUUUGAUGAGCUUGGGUUACCAAAACUCGGAGUAGCAAAAACCUUUAUAGAUGAUGUUUGCAAAAUCAGACUGAAGAGACACAAGGCGUCCUAGUCUUUUAUCAGCCCUUCCCAACCUCCCCUCCACCCAUGUCCAAGUGGACAGGACUCUGACAUUCUCCCGGGGCUCACAACAGUAUCUGAAAAAAUUUGUUGCUUUGCAAUGAGUCAGAAUUACUAAGUAUAGAUCUUGAAGAUAAGAAAGAGGUAGAACCACUUCAGAUCAACUCGUUUUUUUAAUGGUGUUGGUGUGGAACUGAAAGAUUGGGGAUGAUUUGGUUUUUCCUUGGUCCACAGGUAGGUGUCACAAUUGCUUUGGAAAAAAAAAAAAAAAAAAAAAAAAAGUCAGGAGGCCAUUCUCUCUUCCCAAGCUCAUAAAUUUACAGAUACAACAAACAGAUGUCUAAAUCCAGACCACAUCUUGUGCCACUGUAAAAGAGAAGGAUCCACACAGCACUGUCAACCCACAGACUCUAACAAUUGGAACAGACUAUUGUUGGACAUACGUGAAUUUGUUGGCAUAGUAUAGUUUCCCUUAUGUAUGUGUGACUUUUGAAAACAAUCUGUUUUUCUCAGGAUAUCUUGAAUUGAUCACUUCAUUGCCACGGUAUAUAUUCUAUAGGUGUGAUAGGAUUUACUGUAAAGUUUAUUUGUAAAAGAUGUACACAGUAGAAAUAAAACGUGAUUGAAGAACUUGAGUACUUCAGAAGUGGAAACAAAUUUGAUAUUUAUUUUUAUAAUGAUAUAAAGCUUCUAGUAAUUUAUGCAAGUUGUAUUGCAAUGGAAUCUAAACUUUUUGUAAAUAAAUUCUGCCUGGUUUUUAUUUGAACAUUGCUGGUUAUACAAUCUUUGUUGGUUGUUUAACACGAAUUCUUUACUAAUUUAUAUCUUAAAUUGUAAAUAAAAACAGACUAGUCUACAAUAAUAUGGUGUUUGGGGCUUAUUUUUCCUAGAAGAAUGAUUUGGGGUGGAGCUCUAGUGAUAACCUCCAGGUGAUCUGACCUCACCUUUUUAAUGAAAAGCUGUGUGAAAUAAACUUUCCUUUCUGAUCAUUAAAAAAAAAAAAAAAAAAAUCAGAUGGAAGAGAAGUAUACAACCGGGAGAAACAUGUGCUCUAGAUUAUUUCUAUAUAUGUAUUGAAAAAAAAAAAAAGAUGUUUGUGCCCUGAGUAUGCUAAUUACUUGUUAGUGUAAAUUUUUAAAACUUGGCAAAAUAAAAUGAUCUGACACCCUA